AUGUUACCGACAGUGAAAAUCACGGAUCUGAACGAAGCUCCCUCCUCCCAACGAAUCUUCAUCGUUGGAGGAGGUAUCGUGGGCGCAGCUCUCGCCUUCCACCUCUCCCAAAAUAAGAAUGGACAUCACAUUGUUCUCAUCGACAAGUGUUUAGAAAAGCCUGUUGGGUCUACGGGUCAUGCCCCCGGCUUCGUCGGCCAACUCAAUGAGUCGCCCGUGCUGACUAGACUUGCUAAAGAUACCGUUUCAGAGUAUCGCACUAUCCCCGGUGGCUUUAACACCGUCGGGGGGCUGGAGCUUUCAUCAACAGCAUCAGGAGUGGAGACAUUGCAUCGCCGACGUGAGCUAGCAGAAGCUGCUGGCCUGCCCGCUGAACUUAUCACACCAGAGGCAGCGGCGUUCCUUGCUCCAGAUUUCAUCGACGCCGAUACGGUGAAACUUGGGCUGCGUUUCUCGUCGGAUGGGACAGCCAAUGCGCAGGCCAUCACUUCUUACUACUUUGAUCAAGCUCGAAGCCGAGCUGUGGACUUUGUCGAGGCCUCUGUUACUGGCUUCGAGGUCACAGAUGGCAAAGAUGGACAAGUUGCACAGAUAAAAGUCCUUCAGACUGCCAACGGGAAUAUUGACACGCAAGGCAGUAUUGCCAUACUUGCCACUGGUAUUUGGACUCCAUCUUUGACAGGUACGGCCGGCUAUCAAGCUUCAAUCACCAAGCUUCCAGUCCCCAUUGUUCCAGUUGCACACCCUUACACAUUUACCUCAUCUCGACCUCUCCGCACUGGAAUCCCGUACCCAUUUGUUCGCUGGCUCGAUCAUCAUGUCUACGCCAGAGAUCAUGGAGAUCGGGACGGGCUGGGUAGUUACGAUCACACUCCCCUGCAGCUCGAUCCUGUGGAUACCGCCAUCGGAGCUUGGCCACCCAGCUUCGAUAAAGUUCUUUCCGAGGCAGCCUCAUACUUGAAGAAUGGCGAUCAAUUCCAACUGAACGGAUGCAAUGCCGACUCGGAUGCCUGGGCAGUCAAACGACCGUUCAAUGGCAUCUUCUCCGUGACGCCUGACAAUCUCCCACUUGCAGGGCAAGUGUCAGAUGUUGGCAACCUGUGGAUGGCCGCUGCGAUCUGGGUUACUACUGCUGCUGGAACAGCGAAGCUGCUGUCACGGAAGAUUCUGGGUGGAAUUGACAGCUCUUCGGAGGAGGAUGGGCAGCUCUUGGAAGCUCUGAGUCCUGCGCGUUUUCAAGGUAUCGGAGCGGAUAUUCUGACUAGCCAGGCUUUGGGGAAGUACAACGAUAUCUAUAAUAGAGACACUUCGGGUCACUAA